AUGCAGCGGGGCCAACAGCAGCAGCAGCAGCAGCAGCAGCAGCAGCAGCAGCGACGACAACAGCGCCCCAACCCGCUGGCCAAGGCAUGUGUGACGUGCCGGACCAAGAAGAUCCGCUGCGACGCCGCCCAGCCCCGGUGCUCAGCAUGUCUCAGCCAGAGCCGCGAUUGUGUGUAUCGCAUCGAGGCUCCACGUAAACGGCCGACCUUCUCACAGAUCGCGCAGCUUCAACAAGACAAGGGAACACUACAUGCCUUUGUGUUGAAGCUCAAGAAGAGUAGCGCCGAGGAGCGCGACAAGUUAUUAGCAGAAGCUGUGGAUGCAGAUGAGAAUGUCUGCGUCGUAUCCCGCUCCGACUCGUUCGCCUCUGAUAAUGUCCUGAGCAAGACGUCGCGGCUGAGACGUCGGUCUAGCCUCGAGACCCCAGACGCAUCGGACGACGAGCUUGACAUUGCACAUUUCAUAUCGGUCGACGAGGCAGGGAAACCCAGGAGCUUUGGCCCGUCAUCUGCCCUCCACAAUCCGACCAAGAGCGACACGGCCGUUUCGCCGUCACAGCAGACCGCGGCGGCCAAGGACCACAUCCGCAACACCCUCGUCGCAAAUGCCGCCCUGCAGAGGCAGCUGGAGCACCGCCUCAACCAGCUAUCUCAUCUCGAUGGCGUGCCCAUCGACCUGGCAUUGCAUCUUCUGAACCUGCACUGGACCAGGCAGCACCACUCGUUUCUUCUCACAUAUCGGCCUGCAAUCAUGCGGGAUCUGCUGUGCUCUGGUCCUUAUUGCUCCACGUUUCUGCUCAAUGCCAUAUUCGCGUGCUCCAGCAAGUUCUCUGACCGGCUAGAGGUGCGGUCGAACCACAAUGACCCGACAACGGCUGGGCGGCUGUUCUUCCGCCGCUGUGAUGAGCUACUAUCCCAGGACGGCCUCCUUAUGCGCCCCAACAUCAACACCGUCAUCGGCCUCCUGCUGUUGGGUUCCACGUACAAUGCCCGAGGCGAGACAUCCAAGGGCUGGCUGUACACGGGGUACGCCCUGCGCAUGGUCUAUGAUUUGGGUCUACACCUUGAUCCGACGGAGACAACGGACAACCCAGAAGAUGUCGAGAUACGUCGCCGUGUCUUCUGGGGCGCUUUCGUGUGCGAUAAACUACAGAGCCUGUAUCUCGGCAGGCCCGUGGCUAUUAACCUGCGUGACUCUCAGGUCUCGCGCGACUUCCUCGACGUUCUUGAGGAGGAGGAGCUGUUCACUCCCCCCCUGGCAGAUAUACGGAUGGGAGGGCAGCUGAACGGGCUGCCGGUUGGCGUUCCAAUCUGCUCCGUGUCGACAUUUCAACAGCUCUGUCUCCUCUCAAAAAUCAUGACGACCAUCAUCAACCGGUUCUACGUUGUGGGGGCGACUUUUUCCAACUCCCAAGACAGCCUGCAGCAGGUGGACAACACCUUGCAGCGAUGGAAGGAGAACCUGGCCCCUAAGCUCGACUUCCAACCGUGGCUGAGCACCACCAACAUGGCACCACCACCCCCGCCGCCGCAGCCGCCCAACAUCAUGAUCCUCCACAAUCUCUACCACUCUCUCAUCAUCCUCCUGCACCGUCCAUUCAUCUCUGACGGACACCUCCGCCGCUCGGCCGCCGCAACCCCGAUCCGGUCCUGGGAGCGCUGCACCGUGGCCGCGUGCCGCAUUACCAGCAUCGCGCUCGCGUACAAGUCCGCCUUUGGGCUCUCGGGAGCACCCUACGUCCUCGGCUACAGCAUCUACGUCGCCUGCACCAUCCACGUCCGCAAUGCCGUGUCGCGAGAGCACAAUGGCCCCGAGCACUUGUCGCUGCUCGUCGCCAGCCUGCGGUGUCUGGACGAGAUGUGCGUCGCCAACCCGGGCGUCGCCAAGCCUGCGGGCAUCAUCCGGCGCCUGGCAGAGGCCAACCAACUCAACCUUGAUAUAGCAACUACCCCAGCUGUCGAUCAAUCCACCUUGAGCUUCGACCUGGACGCCGUCUUCGACAUGUUCCCGUUGCCGCCGAAUAGCGCAGAUGUAGUAGACGUGGGGCUGCACGGAUAUCGACAAGGUCUUCAUUCGGACAUGCCUCUUGACCCUUUGUUUGGACUCAUGGAUGGUGCGGCGGCCAUGAGGUUUGACGACCUGGCAUCGCCGGCAUUAGGGCUGUGA